UGAAGAAAUUCAGAAAAUGGUGGAUGGAGCUCGGCGCAUGCGUAAACAUUUUACUAUACUCAGACAGAAAGUGAGACAGUAACGAAUGGCGCAUUGUUAAAUGAGUAACGCCUGUAACUCUUGGAUUUCGCUGUGUGAUUUGACUUUAACUGCUUCAAGUCGAGAUGUUUGGCUUUCAUAAGCCGAAGAUGUACCGCAGCCUUGAUGGAUGCUGCAUCUGCAGGGCAAAAUCCUCCAGCUCUCGUUUCACUGACAGCAAACGCUAUGAGAGAGACUUUCAGAGCUGCUUUGGUUUAGGUGAGACUCGCUCUGGUGAAAUCUGCAAUGCUUGUGUUCUGCUGGUGAAACGCUGGAAGAAGCUUCCUGUCGACUCCAAGAAGAACUGGAAUCAUGUGGUUGAUGCCCGAGGGGGACCCAGUCUGAAAACUACAGUGAAGUCCAAGAAAGUCAAAUCUCUGUCCAGACGGAUCAGACCAAACCAGCUCAGCAGAGUUCAGAAGGAACUGAAGAGACACAAUUCAGAUGCUCACAGCACCACCUCCAGUGCCAGCCCCGCCCAGUCGCCCAGCUACAGUAACCAAUCAGAUGAAGGCUCUGACUCGGAGUUGACUCCUGGCUCCGCCCGCUCUCCAGUCUUUUCCUUCUUGGACCUGACAUACUGGAAAAGGCAGCGGGUAUGUUGUGGCAUCAUCUACAAAGGUCGCUUUGGGGAGGUUUUGAUCGACCUUCAUCUCUACAAGCCCUGCUGUCAGAAAAAACAGGUGCAAGAGCAGGAGGAAGAAGAAGAGGAGGAAGAAGAGGAAGAUGGCGACCUUGAGAAAGAGGAGGUGCAGAGCAGUCAAGAAAUUCUUCAACCGCACUCCUCUCCCCAAAUGAAAAUGGAGCAGGAAGUGGAAGUGGAAGAGGAAUGGUGAUGCAACAUUCCCAGGGUACUGACUUGGCAUUCUUAGGAAGCCUUCGAGAGUCGAAGCCCCUCAGACACUCUCAAAGACGUUCUCUCAGAUUGCCUUCGAUUCAAGAGCAGCUGGAUCCUUGUUCGUCUUUUCCUGUUUCUUUCUUCCUUGUUGAGAAUUUGUCUCUUUCAUUUGCUUCAUUUGCAACUUUUCCAGAGCCUGGUACCACGCUAGUCCAUUUCCUAUGAGGAUUUUUUUGUAGACCAGAGAAAAUGAGUUUCCUUUUUUGCUAUCCCGCUCAAACACAGAAUGCUGGAUCUACAUACAUCAUGCAUAGAAAUGUAGGCAAUAGCCUUGGACAGUGAGCACAAUCCUACGCUGUCGCUUUUGUGCCCUUUGAGCACCAUUGUGCACUUCCUCUGGGGUGACUGUCUUUCUGCACUUAGUGUACAGAAUUUAGUAUACAGCAAGCAGCAUCUGCUAAAUUCUAGCUCAGUGAAGAUAACGUUCCACCUUUUUGCUGGGAUAUAGCAAUUAUUUGGGGAAUAUCUUUUGCCUUUUAUAUAUUUAUUUUUUUCUGUCUUCGUCUUUAUUCUUAAAGGGAUAGU